UAUCAAACCUACAUUCUAACAAAAGAGAAAAUGGAUGAAAACAAUAGUGGGAAUAACGAGCGACAUCUUUUCCACGCGACAUCAUUUGAGCGCCUCGAGCUCAUCAAUUUUCAUGGAUUCAAAAGAAACCAAAAAAAGAAACACGGUGAGUUAAUUAUUAUUAGAAUAAUCAGUGUCAGUAUUUAGUGAAGUGAACACAUGAUCGUGAUCAAUUCAGAGUUCAAUGCUUUGCUUCGUUAUUAGGGUACAAUCCUUGCAACUCAAGUUUUCGUUAAUGACAAAAUAGAUCUCGAACAUUGCAGUGAAACCAUUCGCCUGCUGCUUUUGGUUCCACUUGAAUUUUGAACAACUUGACGUCAUUUCUAUCGUCGAUCAGUAGGAGUACAGACCAUGGAAAAUUGUUGAUGAUUUGUUAAUUCUAAAAUGUUAUUGUUUAUAGCAAAGCGUUAUGGGAAAGGUGUCUAUUUUGCCAGAGACGCAAGCAAAAGUAUGCUCUACGCAGACCCUGCAGGUGAGCAACGCUACAUGUACAUCGCCAGAGUCUUAGUUGGACAUUACUGUCAAGGUGAAAAAGAAAUGAAAGCACCCCCUCCACGAAAUAGCACCGGGAGGCUAUACGAUUCCGCAGUUGACAAACCAGUAGAUCCUGAAAUAUUUGUGAUAUUUCACGACACGCAGUGUUACCCUGAAUAUCUAAUCACCUAUAAGUAGAAUGUAUUAUAGUAUACUGAAAAUGUUGCAUCCGCUUGGGCCACGCUCUAACAAUUUUGGUUCUAUAGAGCGCAAUUGCAGGCGUAUUUUAGGGACGAGCAAAAAUACUUGUUUAUGUUCGUAACGCUAUAGCCGCCAUCUCUAAUCUUUUGGCAGAGGAAGUUUGGGGAGAGUAGAAAUACCUUUCAACAUGGCGAUUAUGCCACAGGGAGCCCAGUCUCUUUGGGAGCUAAACUUUUGCCAGCAUGUUAUGUUUGUGUUGUGUGUUUUAAUGAACAGUAAAUAAAUGGUAAAGGCCAUACACGAGGUACAAUUUUAAGAGUGAUCAGCAUCAAAGUUCUCCCUGUGCUGUCAAUGCCUUAUAAAACAAAUGGGUGACAAGAAUUAGGGGCGUGAUCGCACAGGAUUAAUCGAUCUGGUUGAAGGGUUACACGUAAUUCUAAAACUCUCAAUUAUUUUGCCGCCCCAACCAAGUAUGCUCAGCGCCCGAAUUAAGAAUUCUGGACCCUUAAUGUUUAUUUAGCAUUUCACAAUGAAAAUAAAUCCUCGCCAGAUCAUAGCUCUGAUAAGUUGAAGGUUUAAGAUUCUUCAUCCUAAGUUAGUCAUAGAAGUAGUCACCCGCUUUUCUCAUUGUGAAAAGCGGUCUCAGGGCACUGGCGUAUUGAAAAUUGACCUUUUUUGCCCAUUUAACAAUGGCUAUACUG